AUGGCUGAGGAUGCAUCAGAGUAUCUCAUCUCCCUCAGUAAAUCACUUUCCUCCUUCGUGCCCUCUUCUUUUUUCUUCCAGCGCUUCAGCCGCAAAACUGAAUUCCUCUCCUACCUGAUCCUGUGUGUUGCCAAAAUGCCGUUCAUCCCACCUGUGUCGAUUGCACGCUCUGUGUCGGGACUGACAGGGAAGGAGAGCGGUUCAUCUACAGCUACUGUGGCCAAGAUGAGGGUCCCAAAAGAGGACAAGGGCAACUCGGUGAAGGAGCGACUGACUUUGAACCUCAAACAGCUGGGGAAAAAGGGCCAACCCAGGAGCCAUCUGCCAACGGCCAAAGGAGUGUCAGGAGCAGAUCUGCACGCAAAGAGAAGGGACAGAUUGUUGCCCUCAUCGCUAACAGACAGUUUCCCUGCCUCCAGCUCGGAUGGGUCCUUGUCGAAGCCACAGCAGCAGAGACAUGCGAGCCGGGGCUCCGUGAGGAGUGAACCGGAGGUGGAGACGAGGACCAGACAUCAGGAGGAGGCCCGUUUCACCCUGACACUCACACCCGAGGCCGUUCUGCUGCUACAGCGGAGGAACAGUGAGAGACGGCAGCGCGCAGCAGCCAGAAAUACUGAAAGUGGAGCUGGAGUUUCAGGAAGCGCCGCAGAUUCCAGACGCCGGAGGGAAAACGUUUCUAAACGGCAUCAACCGGCAACUCAGAGGCACAGCGCUUCAACCAGCAGAGCUGCAGUGAAAAACAACAGCGAUGCUGAACUGGGAGACAUAAGCUCAAUUGUGAAAAUCUCACUUCUGAACGAGCGACACAAGUACGAUGAUGUGGAGUACGAGGAAGAGGACUAUGUUGUGGAUGAGCGCGUGGUGCUGAAAUGUACCGAGUGGCUUCGUGGGCUGGAAAACACGCCAGUGGCAGCGGGGAACAGCCUGAGUAAAAGCGCCAGCAGUGUGAAAAGUUUCUAAAGGUGAAAUGAGCAGCACUGUUUAAAGGAGUCCAACCUGUGAUUGACCUGCAGUUUCUGUUUGUGUGUUGGCUUGUUUCUGGUUAGAUGUUCACUUGAUGACAGUUUUUCACUUUAUCAGCUG